UUAUUGUUUGCAAACGUCACUCUUCUUUGUUUAAGUUUUUGGGCUUCGCCAGACAUGAAUCAGCACCCGGGCAAACGUAUAAGUGCCACUUUUGGGAAGUACGAAGCGGCACCUUCGAAG